GUGACCUUCAGGCCGGUGACAUGGCCACAGAUGUGGCUGAGCCUCUGGUCCCUGACUGCAGAGGAGACGGGAGGAGUGGUGCCAGGUCGGACGCUGACUAUCCUCUCCGGGUUCUCUACUGCGGAGUCUGUUCAUUGCCUACAGAGUACUGUGAAUACAUGCCUGAUGUGUCUAAGUGCAGACAGUGGUUAGAAAAGAAUUUUCCAGAUGAGUUUGCAAAACUUACAGUAGAAAAUUCACCUAAGCAGGAAGCUGGAGUUGGAGAAGGCCAAGGAACUGCAGGAGGAGAAGAAGAAGAGAAGAAGAAGCAAAAGAGAGGGGGAAGAGGUCAGAUAAAACAGAAAAAGAAGACUGUGCCACAGAAAGUUACAAUAGCUAAAAUCCCUCGAGCAAAGAAAAAAUAUGUCACAAGAGUCUGUGGCCUUGCGACGUUCGAAAUUGAUCUGAAGGAAGCACAAAGGUUUUUUGCUCAGAAGUUUUCCUGUGGUGCCUCAGUAACGGGAGAGGAUGAAAUCAUCAUUCAGGGGGAUUUCACAGAUGACAUCAUUGAUGUAAUCCAGGAGAAGUGGCCUGAGGUGGAUGAUGACAGCAUUGAAGAUCUUGGAGAAGUCAAGAAGUGAUAGUGACAGACUACCUUUAUUUAAUGAAAUGCUUAUAAAUGAUAUAGCCAAAGUGAGGCUUCUAAAUUCAUUUGCUCUGCAGUGAGACUAUGGAGAGCCCAUAUCCUUGGCAUUUUCACUGUUCUGUAUAGGCUGCUUGGGGUUCUUUUUUUUGUUGUGAUAUUUGCCAAAGUUCUGUUGGGUUCUAUCAUGCUUAUGCAUGAAGUAGGUUUAAAUAAAAUUACUGUUCCUCACUGAA